AAUAGUACUCUUAGGACCCGUUUUAUUGCUGCAUAAACCCAGGGUAAGGUGUGAGGGUCCCACCACAAUCCAUCGUUUGAUACAUUUGUUCUGCUUUCCUAAGGAUCCGGGUUUAAUUGGUAUGACCCGGUAUUUUUAACUGUUGGGUUUGGAAAAAGGGGUAAAAAUAGUCCACCACUUUGUUAUGGACUUGAAACCCUAGUCCGGGCCUCCAUCUGGAUUAAGGACACAAAAUGGCAACCGUGCCCCUCCAAUCUGCAAUUUCCAAACUUGGAGAGUAAGGAGGCGAUUUCCGGCGGGAGACUCAUAAGUUGGGCCACAAUCGGUAUUAUCUUACAAAUUUGUUACAAAGUUCGACAAGAUUCGAACCAGUUGUGUAGCCGGCGAAAUUGAUGGUUCUGUUCUGCGAGUUGCAGGCUAGGGGAUUCAAACCUUCUCGAGGGCUAUGGCGAACAGGAUUAUAAAAAGCAUCGCCACGCUUCAGCAAGUGGAAGAAAUGGUCCAAAUCCUACAAUUUGAUGUAAUCAUUGCUAUUUUGUUGUACCUGAGAAGGAACCGACGGAGUGUGCGGGUGAGUACUCUGCUAAGCCGGGCUCCAUUUGGUCGUCGGAAUCGAAUUCCUGCACAAGUGAGGCACCUAAAUCGACUUAAGGGAGUAUCAGAUAUUGCAUGUUUUGAUAAUCUUCGUAUGGAUCGAAACACAUUUGGACGAUUGUGCUUUCUUCUACGCCAAACAGGGGAGUUGGUCGACGGUAAAUAUGUGAAGAUAGAAGAACAAGUUGCCAUGUUCUUGUCAGUUCUUGCACACCACAAAAAGAACAGAAUAGUUAAAUUUGACUUCUUGAGGUCCGGCUUCACAGUUUCUAAGUAUGUUAAUGCUGUGCUACGGGCGGUGCUUCGGCUUCAUCGGUCGUUUCUUGUUGUUCCUGAUCCAGUGGCCGAAGACUGCAACGAUAACAGGUGGAAGUGGUUCAAGGGAUGCCUUGGUGCAUUAGAUGGAACACACAUAAAUUUACAGGUGCUAAAUGCCGAUAAGCCUCGUUAUCGUUCCAGGAAAGGUCAAAUUUGCACCAACACUCUUGCGGUCUGUGAUAGGCGGAUGCGAUUUGUAUAUGUCUUGACGGGCUGGGAGGGCUCCGCUGGGGACAGUCGUGUGCUACGCGAUGCUUUGAGUCGUGAUAAGGGACUGCGAGUACCCAAAGGCAACUACUACCUAUGUGACAACGGUUAUGCAAACUGUGAGGGGUUUCUAACACCCUAUAAGGGAGUUCGUUACCAUUUAAAAGAAUGGGGUCCUGCAACGGAAGCCCCAAAAAAUCCCCACGAAAUUUUCAACAUGUAUCACACUCGAGCAAGGAAUGUGAUUGAACGUGCGUUUGCCGUAUUGAAAAUGCGGUGGGGGAUCUUGCGAAGUGCCUCAUUUUAUCCAGUCGGGGUCCAAACUAAUAUCAUACUUGCUUGCUUCUUGCUCCAUAAUUUUAUACGCUCUGAGAUGGAAUCUGACCCGAUUGAGAUGGCUGUCGCUCACGAAGGAGAGGGAAAUGAAGAAGAUGUGCAGGAUGGUGAUUUUGUGGCUGGUGUGGAACCCUCCCAAGUCUGGACCAAUGCACGUGAUGCAAUGGCAGCAUCAAUGUGGGAUGCUUAUAUGGGCGGAGCUGCAUAAGUAUCAGUAGAAGUGGCAGUGUGAAGCAUCUCUUUUGGGAAUAGUACCGUUUUGUUUUUUAAGUUUUUGGACAAAAUGUAAUCAUAUGCUUUUAUCACUAUUUUGGAUUUGUGGUUUUAUGUUUGAUGGUUGUUCUGUAUUUGGAAUGUUACUCUACAAAUUAAACCAAGCAAUAUUUGGAUUUGUGGUUUUA